AUGAUGUGUAACACGGUGUGGUUCUUUUCGGAAUCGCAAUGCGCUGGCGUCGCGACGGGGAUCGAGCUCCCGGACGGUCCGCAACACGCGAGUCCGCGCAACUACAGCUACGGCUUCACCGUGAAGAGCUGCAGCACGGUGUGGUUUUUCCCUGGGUUGAAAUGCGCCGGGACACCCAAGGGAGUUCCGCGCCCUGCGACUGUAUCAAAUGCGUCUUCUUCUUUGAGCUUCGUAAGUGUACUAGCCGAGCCAAUGAGGUCAGCGGCCUCCAUAGCAUGCUCCUAUGACCGGAACCCGUGCGCCGUUGUUCCAUGCCCUGCCAACACCCCAUGCACCUCCUACGGCAACACUGCGCACGCAUGCCCAUGCAGCUCUGGCUUCACUCGAGUCAACGGCAACUGUGUCGACAAAUGCACGGCCAGGAAAUGUCCGGCAAACUCCUCCUGCUAUCUUCGUGGGGGGGCAGCUGAGUGCGUGUGCAGGAGAGGAUUCAUUCAGCAAUCCAACGGCUCCUGUGCGCCGCAGCCCAUCCAUGAUGAGUGGCUGGGAUCGCAGAACGACGCCAGAGCGUCCGUUGGGUCGCCGCUGCUCGUUUGGAAUGAUACCUUGGCAGCAGCAGCACGGGCAUGGGGAAGCAAGCUAACAUCCACUUCCUGCUACAACACCUCACUGGAGAAAGGAGUUCCCUAUGGUCAGAACACUCUGGCUGCAUCUGGGUUUGCUCCACGAGACACCGUCAACGUGUGGAUGUCUGGAAGGCUGAGCUACACUCGUGCUGAGUUUCCCAACGGCUGCAAGAAUGGGCAACUUCGGGACUGCAUACACUUCCUCAAGGCUGUGUGGAAUACGACCAAGAGUGUGGGCUGUGCUGUGGUGCCCUGCAAAGAAGAAUGGAGCACCUAUAUCUGCAACUACUACCCAAUGGGAGGCAUUGUGGGGUCUUGCCCUUUCUAA